CUUUCAAUAGUGAAGAAGAGGAAGACGCGCGUGCGCGGAUUAGUGUAGCGCUAGAGAAGAAGCAAGCGCUGAAGUAAUAAAAACGCAUAUUUGUGUCCCGUUUUUUAUUGAUUAUAGUAAAACAUACCGGCAGAGAGAUCUUCACAGCCUAUGAAACUGAUGUCCCUCUGCUAACAGUUCAUCAAUAAAGGUUGGGAGUAUCCUGCGAAAGAGACAAAGUCUGCGAGUAAACGCUUUGUGUGAGAGAGACUGCUGAAGAUGGAGUUUUUUGAAGUGGAGAUCGACCUGAGUGAGCUAGAACAAUCCACAGUGAGUGAUGAAGAAGAUAUCGAGGAACAAGCAGAUCAAGAAUUAAAUGAAGAUGAAGACGAUGAAGAGGAUGAGGAUGAAGAUGAAGAUGAUGAUGAUGAUGAUGAUGAUGAUGAUGAUGAAGAUGAAGAUGAAGAUGAAUAUUAUAAAUCAAAGAAAACUCCAAAAACAUCCAAAACGCUGCACACCUGCUCACAGUGUGGAAAGAAUUAUAAGCAUAUAUCCUCUCUCAGAAUUCACCUGCUCAGUCACACUGGAGAAAAGCCUUUCCACUGUGAUCAGUGUGAGAAGACAUACAGCACCCUUUCAGGCCUGAAAAUUCACCAGGUUGUUCACUUCAGCGAGAGGCCUUACUCCUGCUCGGUCUGCGGACGGAGCUUCUCCCGCUUGGACAGCUGCAAACAACAUCAGAAAACGCACGAUAAAGUGCGAGAUCACGUGUGCACCGAGUGCGGGAAGAGCUUUACCACGUUCAGCCAGCUCAAACAGCAUCAGAUCAUUCAUUCUGGAUUAAAACCGUUCAAGUGCUCCUACUGUGACCGGAGUUUCACCCAGGCCGGAAACAGGAAGUCUCACGAGCGGAUUCACACCGGAGAAAAGCCGCAUCGGUGUACUGAGUGCGGAAGGAGUUAUAAAGAUCUGACGGGUCUUAAAAAUCACAUGCGCGUUCACUCCGGGGAAAAGCAGUAUGUGUGUGAACACUGCGGGAAAGGGUUUAAUUCGGUGUCAAAUAUGCGGUACCACCUGAGAGUCCAUACCAAUGAGAAACCGCACGUGUGCUCCGUCUGUGGCAGGGGGUUUUCGCUGCUGGUCAGUUGUACGUUGCACGAAAAAAUACACACAGGUGAGAAGGAUAAAGUGUGCGAUGAUUGCGGGAAAAGCUUCGUCACUAAUGGUCAGUUGAAACGACACAGAGUCGUUCAUUCUGGAAAGAGACCGUACCAGUGCUCGUAUUGCGAGAAGAGUUUUUCGGUGUCGGCGCAUCUGAAAAUACACAUGCGACUUCACACUGGCGAGAUGCCGUACCGCUGUGCUGACUGCGGAGAGAGUUUUCGACAUUCAAACUCGUUAGCCAUUCAUAGGAGAAAACACGAUCAGCCGGAGCAAAGUCCUCCUGUUCAUACAGUUAGCUAACUUUCAAGUGUAAUUAGGGGUGUAACAAUACUUUGUGAUAUGGAGAAAUCGCAAAAUAAAAUUUGUGAAUGAUAGUGAUGGGAAGUUUGUAUAAGGGCUGCACAAUAUAUCGUAAAAUUAUAGUUAAAUCGAUAAUAGUAUAUGCAACAUGCAGUACAGUUGAAGUCAGAAUUAUUCGUGUAGCUGCCCUUUGGCUUCCAUGAAUGAGACAGAGAGUUUCUGACGGGUGCUUGAUUCUUUAUUAUGCUCAAGACGAGAGCUAUUUAACUUUCGUUGCGUAUCACCGUGAAACUACACAAAGAAACAACAAAAAUCUAUUAAAAAAACUACAAAAAAAAAUAUGACAAAUAAAGAUACAAUGUACAGAGCGAUAUAUGAAAAUGAAACAAUGAAGUAUAUGAAGACAGUUUGAAACAACUAAAAAAAAAGGCAGAGCUCACGAUUAACAUAAACAUACAAACAAACUCAUGUGGCUUAAACAAUUAACUUCACAUGCCUCGCUCCGCUUUACCAAAGGGUUCUAUAUUAUAAAUUGAGCAGGAUUAAGCCUCCUUUCUCCAUAAAUCGCUACUUCUCUCCAUGAACUGCACAGAAACGGGUAUCCUCUUCGCUCUGCUAGCCUGAUUAACCUAUUUGUUACCUGGACUACCGAAACAUGUGAUAUGCUCUGAACAUAUUUAAAGUGAUAUAAUCAUUUUGUGGUCACUUACAAUUCGUCCUCCUGUGAAUUAUUAUUAUUAUUCAUUCAUUCAUUCAUUUCUUUUCCGGGGUUGCCACAUCGGAAUGGAAACUUAUCCAGCAUGUGUUUAACGCAGCGGAUGCCCUUCCAGCUGCAACCCAUCACUGAGAAAAACAGUAAUAAUCCUAAUAUUGAACUUUUUUUAGUUUAGCAUGCAGUAUCGAGAUGAUAUCGUAUCAUGAGUUUAGUAUUGCAAUAUGUAUCAAAUCCUGACGUAAGUGUAUUGUUACACCCCUGUUGUCUAUUCAUAGUUAGUGCAGUGUUACAAUAACUAAGGAGUAAUUGAUGACAUGCCAUUGAUUAAUUAGAAAAAGGGCGUCCUGCUGAUUUGGUUCAGAAGGCCACUUUUUUGUCAGAUGGCUCACUGGUCAGGUAUACAUCCGCGCUGAAGUAUAAAGGUGAAAGUCAUCAUAGCUUGCAUAGAAUAGACCCAGCUCCCAACCCAACUUUGAGAAUAGAUUAACGGUGAUAUUUUUUUUAUCGUGCGAUAAGAGUCUUGCGUUAACGCAGCACAGUAACGCCGAUAACAGCCCACCACUAAUAUAUGCAUAUUUGUUUGUGUCCUGUUCAAGAGGUAACAUCCGAUUCCGAUCAAGUCUUAAACUGCGCGAUCGGGCAUGAUUUCCGAUCACUUGAUCAGAUCUGGACAUCCAUACUAGUUUAUUUUGUAUUUUGUGGCUUCUAAUUAUGUCUUACCUGUUGUCUGGAAUCGUUCCUCACCAAACUUGAACCCCAUCAUCCCAGUCAACUCAAAUCCUCCCACAUCUGCGGCGAGCAACUAGUAAAGUCUAGAUUGGAUACGCAGCCGGCCAGAAGUGCGCUAUGCACAUCAAUAUAGCAGCAUUUUUAUGACACUGUAUAACAAUAAGUUAUAUUUUAACAGUUCUGGGACGGUUGGGUUUUGGGUUGGGGUGGGGGUAGACAUUAAACAAUACAAUUAAUUGGGUAAUUUAAUAGAUAGUAUGAAUAAUACUUGGACAACUACUGAUUUACAUUACUGUGAUGCUUGGGUUUAGGGUUGUGGUGGGGUAGACGUUAUUAAAAUACAUUAAACAGGAAUUUUAAUGAAUAAUAUAAAUAAUUCUUGUUGACUUCUGGCCGCGAACGUAUCUGAUCUUGCAACAAUUUAAGCCACUGGACAAACUGGUAACAGUGGGAAAGCUAUCGAUAUGGAGGUAAACGGUCAGCUGUUGAGCAUGAAGUGGAACAGCGUCUUAGCGCCCCGUAGCGUUUGUUUUAAAAAUAGUGCAGACAUGCAUUCCCCUGGCUACAUAAUUUGUGGUCUCCAAAAAUAUAUAUAGGGCUACAUUUUCAGAAUGACCGUAUGAUGCAAAAGUCUAUGAUACGCUGAUCCUAUUAACAAGUUUCAAAUAGUUUUCAGGUUCUUUAUUUUUUUAUUUUUUAUAAUUACUUUUUAGGGUUUUUUCACCUUUAUUAUGACAGGACAGUAGAGAAUUCAGACAGGAAAGCAUUGGGAGCAGAGAGAGAGGAAGGAUCGGCAAAGGACCUCGAGUCUGGAAUCGAACUCGGGUCGCCGUGAGCAUGUUGGUGCUAUAUAUCAGUGCGCAGUACCACUAGGCUACUGGCGCCGACAGUUUUCAGGUUCUUUAUUGUGUUGUUUUUCCAGAACAGUGCAUAAAUACAAGGACAAAACGAAACUGUAAAUCUGACAUGGAAAAAUUUGAAAGCAUUCACAUAUAGGAUAUAAGGUUGGGCGAUGUCGAACAAUUUGGCAUCGUAUGAUGUCUUAUGUGAAACAUCGCUUUGGACUAUAUCUUCGUCAUUGUAGGAGGCGGUGAAUUAAUUAUUUAUGAAUAAUUAGUUAACUCACAACUGAUUAAUUAUUUGUAGCCUACCAUUUCAACUACUUGACCCUUACUUAUAACCAAAUCAUAAAGAGAUAAAGAUGAGUUACACAAAAUAUACCACCUGUCAAUCACUUUUUCCGCGGAACUCUGGCAUGAAUAGGCAGAGUGAUCUUUGUCGUUAUAAUGGUAUUGACAAACUUGGUUGGUAAAAAAAGGUGCAGGAACCAGCCAUCAGUAUAUGAGGUUUAUUGCUAAAAUUACUAAGUACAAGCGUAAAAGCGAAAGAUUGAAGCAGUGUACUGACGCUGUGACACGUAACCUGAUUGAUUCGUUAGAUAGAGACAAGAUUGAUUAAAGAUCACGUUUAAUAACUUAAGUGAGACGCAAUCCAGCGGUACAUCCUUGAUAAACUGUCCGACAUACACUGCUCUCUUGGGUUUUGUGCUCAAAGCACCCGCUGACUACUUGGAGCUCAGACGUCCGCAUAUGCUGCAGCGCACGUGUGUGUGUGUGUGUGUGUGUGUGUGUGUGUGCGUGUGUGUGCGUGUGUGUGCGUGUGUGUGUGUGUGUGUAUGGUCACGUGAUGUGCAUAUUCAGCAGUAUAGAGGGAGAUCUUUUCAGAAACGCCAGUGUGGACGUGGAUCAUUUUUGUUCUUAAAUGCCAUUCUAAAACUAAGACUAUUAGUGUAAAACGGGACCUAAGUGGGUAUUUUUCGCGAGCAUGUUAAUGCUGCGAUGGGGUGGGGGGAGGAUUGAGAUGCCGGCUCAGCAUUGUGAUGUCUAUUGGCCAUCGACCCAAUCCUAAUAGGACAAACACAUUUUAUUGUCCAUAUCAGUAAUUUAAAAGCUCCUUUGAAACAAACUGUCCAUCUGUGACUUUAUUGACUUGAAUGAAUUGUAAAGAUGAGAAAAGUCCAUUAUAUUAACGAGUUGUAGGUAGCACAUUUAUUUUAUAAUAUGUGUGCUUAAUAUGUACUAGGUUUGGGUUCAAGGGUAGUUUUAAGUGUAGUAGUUCUUACCCAAUUUAUGUAAUGAUUAUAAGUAGGUAGUAUGUACAUGAGUAACAGGACUGUAAAAUGGAGUGCUACCAAGGUUUAUGGCAACAUUAGUAAGCAUUAUUCAGCGAAACACCACAGUGUUUUCUUCAGAUCCAGCACCUAUAAAAUGAUGCCAGAUUUAGAUUAGGUGAAUGUGUUGUUAGUAGUAGUAUGGCUGAUGUGAAAUGGAUGCAUUUUCCAUUAUGUUUGGAGGCAGGAAAAGUGCUGAAUCUCAUUCAUUUAUUUUUCUUUGGCUAAGUCAUUUAUCUGGGGUUGCCACAGUGGAAUGAACCAGCAAUUAAUCCAGCUUAGUUCCCUUCCAACCACAACCCAGUACUGGGAAAGUGUUGAAUCUCUGAAAUAGUUUAUUCCAAGUGUUAUUGUGAAACAAAAUACAAUAAUUAGUCAUUUAAUUCAUGAUUCUGAUUAUUCAUUUUGAGUUUCUGACUUAUAUUUGUAGUUAUUUAGUUCUUUUAGCAGAAAUGGUUGUCUUCAUGCUCUGAUAACAAAACAAAUAAAAUAAAAAAGUAGUAAAAGAAUA